GUAAAUUCCUUGCUGACAGCUGAUGUUGACAACAUACCAGAUUAUUUUGUUAUUGUGUUCAUUAAUUUUUUCAGUAGUUUCUGCCCUGAUCGUGUAAGGGUGCGAAAGGUUGAUUUCUUGGAAUCUUUAGGUGCUCUUCACAUGUUGCGAAUAGGAAAUAGAACCAAUUUUUCAUACAAUGGCUCAUAUAGCAGGCGUUCGACUGCCGCAAGAACUAUGGGAUCAUAUUUUUAGUUACUUGACCACAUCAGAUGUGAUCAACUUCUGCAAAACAUCCAGUGAAUAUGCGCAUUUCUUAGGCGAAAUACCUUUAGUUAGGAAUUUUAAUGUUAGUGGAAAUUACGAUUUUUUCAACACGAACAUUUACACCUACGUAACAGAAAAUGUAUCUUAUGAGUACAUUAAAGUUCUGAACAUUAACAAGUUGUACUGGGUGAAACUUGAAGAUCUGAGGCGGCUGCUGAAAAUUCUACCGAAUUUAGAGGAAUUAUUGGCUUUGAAUACUGCACUAAGUUUUCGACCCAAAGAUGUAUUAUUAUAUGGAAAGUUGAAAACCCUCGCAUUAUCUGUGGAAGGAAACCACUUUACUAAUUAUGUGGAUCCUACAAUAUAUAGAAACAAUCUGUACUUACUGCGAAAACUAUGCUUGCAUGUAACCCGUAAAAACCCCAAAGGUUUUAUGGGAAUGCAUAUGCUUUUCAAUGAGCUUUUCGCAUUAAAUGAGUUAUGGAUAUUUGACUCAGACGAUAGCCAUUCUCAGCCACUAAAAUUCGAUACCAUAGUGUCUCAAUUGAAAUUUCUCAAAAAGUUGGUUAUCAAAUCCAAAAUAUACAUACCUCUAUUGGAUUAUAAACCCUUCGGGCUGGCCAAGUACUUUCAGACUAGGCGAUUUGAGUCUAUCGCUAUGAGAUAUGAAACUCUCCCAGUGGAUAAAGUGGUUCCAUUUAGGCAUGUUUCGAUUUUUGAACCAGUGGAAUCGAAAUUGGAAAUGGCCUGGAACGUCUUCCGGAGCUACAGAUCCGAGAUGCCUUACGACCACAUGGCACAUAGAGAAAUUUAUCUAACUAAAAAAAUAAACAACGUCAAUUUCCAAGAGCUGAAUUUCAUCCACAAUAAAUGCUUCUGCACAAACGACUACGUGAAUGCUAGCUGGGAUUUUUUAAGCUCCGAUAACAGCAAAGAUUUGAGGAAACUUAGCAUUAAGUCCUGUGUUUUACAACGUCGCCCAGUGUCGAAGGGAGACACCAUUGAUAGAUUACAACGGGAGUAUCCAAUAGAGGCAAUAAUCAAAAAUUGUCCCAAAGUCACUACUUUAGAAUUGAUGCAUUGUCCGAAGUUUGUUUAUGGGAAUGAGGUAGACGGAAAUUUCCUGUGUAACGUAACAAUCAUUGAUGCCUAUCCGCUAAUAUGCAAUUGGAAAUGUUUGGAAAGAAUAAUGUUAGACGUGCCAGCAUACUUAAAUGGGGCUUUUUUAGUAGAUCUCGCGAAAACGUGUACUAAUCUGAAGUUUCUUCGAAUAUCAAGUCAUAAUACUAAUGAAAAUCUGAACAGAAGCGUGUAUAAAGCCUUACCACAUGCAAAUCAAUUACAGGACUUUUGCUUCGAGAACAAAGCAAUUAAUAUACCGGUUCUAUUUGGAAGCUUUUCAACCAGCCAAAAAUUGCGUCGCGUGUUUGUAAGUUGUGAGGAUACAGCGGCAACUUCAACAAAUACUCUUAAAAGCUUUUUGGAGACUAAUCCGCAACUGGUGUUGCUGGCUUUAGUCAUAACGUUCAAGCCAAAAAGUUAUAUUAAAACAGUUCAAGACAUUUUGGAUCGGUUUCGUCAGCCGGAUUCUGCAAAGCGAUUUCAUGCUAAGAACGACAUUCGAUUUUUUCUUGACAAUUAUUCCCUUUACGAGGCAAAUUCAGAGCUGUUUAAGUGGGACACGGAAGUUUCUACUGUUGAUUUUUACAGCUUCAGAUAGUAGAAAUACACGUUGGAGAUGCAAUAUUGUUUUAUGUUUACGAGUAUGUAUGAACAACAUAUUAUGAAGACACUGCCAUGUUUUACUAAGUGAUUCAAUGGGAAUAUGCAUAUUUUGUAUUAUAUACCAAUUUGUUGGCCGUUUUAUUAAAAACAUUAGAAUUACCUAA